CAUACGUCCGCACGGACGUUGGGACGGAACUCCGCGGAACGCCGCGGAACUGCGGUGUCCACAGCGUUCGUAUCCAUGCCUACCUUGCAUAAUGGCGGAUGUCCCCCGCGGACGUCCGGCACGCAGGUCUGACUAACACGCGGACGUCCGCCAUUGCAGAUACUCUUAGAUUCAGUUGAGCUUCAAUCUCCAUUAUCGUUUUAAACAAUUUCACCGCAUUCCGGAGUGCUUUCUCCGAUCAUUGCCUGUUAAUUCCCAGCGUCGAUCCGAGCAAUUGAAGGUAAAAAUUGUAUCGGUUUAUCAAAAUUCAAGCGCUCCUCAUUUCACAAUUCACAUUCUCGAAUUUCAUUGAAUUCCGGAGAUUGUUGAGGGGUUAAAGGAUGAGUCAAGUAUUUGAAGGUUAUGAGCGGCAAUACUGUGAGAUAUCUGCUAAUCUUUCGAAAAAGGUUACUUCAGCUACUGUUCUCGAUGGAGAACAAAAGAAACAGAAGGUAUCCGAAGUUGCAGGAGGAUUAGAAGAUGCCGAGGCACUGAUACGUAAAAUGGAUCUAGAAGCCAGGAGCUUGCCGCCAGGUGUGAAAGCUACACUUCUUGUCAAGUUGAGAGAGUACAAAACAGACUUGAACAAUUUGAAAUCAGAAGUGAAGAGGAUCGCAUCGGGUAAUGCCAACCAAGCAGCUCGGGAUGACUUGAUGGAAUCGAGUAUGGCGACGGCAUCAGCAGAUCAACGAGCAAGGCUGCUGAUGUCAACUGAAAAAUUAGGUAAGUCGAGCGACAGGAUCAGGGAAGGUCGGAAAACAAUGCUUGAAACUGAAGAGCUUGGAGUCUCGAUUCUUCAUGAUCUCCACCAGCAACGGCAAUCCCUCCUGCAUGCACAUAACAACCUUCAUGCGGUGGAUGAUAACAUUGGCCGGAGCAAAAAAAUUCUGACCAACAUGUCGAGAAGGAUGAGCAGGAACAAAUGGAUCAUCGGCACUAUCAUCGCACUCUUGGUAAUCGUCAUAGUCGUUAUUCUCUACUUCAAGCUGACCCGCCGCUCGUCUUCAUAACUGGAAUUGAUUCCGUUGUUUUGGAUACAAUCUCUAUGCCACAUGAUUUGCAUUUGUCAUCCUUGAGUUUGAUUCUCAAAUAAAUCGAUACGACUCAUUUUGCAA